GCACAGGUGGCAUCCUAGAAAAAAUUAAACAAACUGUGGUCUGUGCAAAAGUUAUGGCACAUUUUAUAUCAGGAAAUAAACUGUGCACAAAAAAAUGCAGAGAAAUGCCUUAUUUAAGUUUGUUCUCUGUAGUUUAUGUGUUGACAUAUUUUAAUGUAGAAAAUUAACAAAACAAGUCAUUUUAACUGCAGACCACUGUGCUUUUAGGAAAUUGUGGCAUGAUGUGCGGCUCUGUUUCUUGGUCAGAUUCUCAACAAAGUCUGAAAAACGCUGAGGUUGUUCUUCCACACAGAAAUGAUGUUGGUGUUAUGGAUGUUACAGAGGAAGGUCAUUACAGCGGCAGAGCUACUGAGAUACAUGAUUAACGUUUGAUUAGUAGUGGAUUUCAGCCCUGUGGUGAUCCUGGUCCCACUCUAUAUAAAUGGUGAGGUGCUGGUCAUUCAUCCAGCACUGGACUCCUCUCUCCUCUCCUCAGCUCCGUCUCUCUGGGUGAAACCUCUUCUGCUAGAAUGAGGACUCUGUCUGCUCUGCUGAUGGUGCUGCUGCUCUGCUCUGUCCAGCAGGUCUACAGUGCUCUUGAAGCUGCCGGCACCCCACUAGAGUGCUGUACUAAGCUGACUAAGUUGCGGAUCCUUCCCUUGGCGCGCACUGAAUCCUACAGGUUGACCAGCUGCAACUGCUCCAUAAAAGCUGUUGUAUUUCAGAUGGUUGGUGGAAAGAGAUUCUGUGCGGAUCCUUCCUGGGAUUGGGUCCAAAGUCACAUGAAAAAACUGGACCAGAAAAAAUCAUCUACAGCAUCUGCAGCAUCUACAGCAUCUACAUCUUCAAAACUCUAUAAGCUUCCUCCAAACCCUGAAGCUGAUCAUAUUGAAUAUUGUCUACAGUAGAUUUAUGCAGUGUUUGCACGUGUCACGAUUGGCCCCUUCCAGCUUUUGUUUACCUUUUAGUCCUGUCCACGUGCAUUUAUGUUUACCUCACUUGUUCAUUGUCUGCCCGUCUGAGGACCGACAGACGACAGAGGUUCACAGUAAAGUCAAAUGCAUUUUGGAUUAGCAUGAAUUAGGGGUGGGAAUUUCUUGGCACCUCACUAUUCGAUUAUAAUUCAGAGGCUGUGAUGUGAUUAUAAAACGAUUAUCGAUGCACCUUUUUUUGUAUGCAGGAUUUCUAUUUUCCUACAGUCUGAGGACAUCAUACUUUCAGAGCAAAGUGUUAGUAAAUUAUCUUUGAUACUCACUGUGUCAAAAAUAUAUCUUUGAGACAGGAUGUGCACAACAUAGCGAGAAAUCCUUGGUUGGUAAAAGCGUUGGUAUCCUGGAACGUUAAAUCUGCAACGAGAGACUGUCAAACAAUGAAAA